ACCUUCCAAGUUUCCAUUAAUGGAGUUCCUCCACUUCCUCACCUUUCUUUCUAUGGCAGUGAUUGUGAGUCAUGCAGCUGUGGCUCCUGAAACAUACUGGAAAUCUGUGUUGCCAAAUACCCCCAUGCCCAAAUCACUCACUCAACUUCUCAAUAAUGAUAAGAGCAUGGAUAUCUAUGUAGGUGUUGGCAAAGGCGGUGUAUCUGUUCAUGCCCCUGGCACAAGCGUGGGUGUUGGUGGCGGUGGUGGUGUAUCUGUUCAUGCCCCUAGCACCAACGUUGGUGUUGGCAAAGGUGGUGGUGGUGUAUCUGUCCAUGCCCCUGGCACCAGCGUUGGUGUUGGCAAAGGUGGUGUAUCUGUCCAUGCCCCUAGCACCAACGUUGGUGUUGGCAAAGGUGGUGGUGCAUCUGUUCAUGCGCCUGGAACCAAUGUUGGUGUCGUUGGCAAAGGCGGUGAAUCCGUCCACGUUCACGCUCCACAUCCAAAACCGAAAGGGGAGUGUACGAAGGUGAGCGUUGGCAAAGGAGGUGUGGUCGUUCGUUGUCACGACAAGAAAAAGCCCGUACACGUAGAGGUGUCUCCGUUUUCCUACAAGUAUGCUGCUACAGACAAUCAACUGAAAGACGAUCCAAACGUUGCGCUUUUCUUCCUCGAAAACGACAUGCACCAUGGCCACGGGAUGAACUUACACUUCACCAAAACCAUCGGCCCGUCAUCAACUUUCUUGCCACGAAAAGUUGCUGACACGAUACCCUUUUCGUCAAAGACGCUUCCAGAAAUAUACGCUCGUUUCGACGUCAAACCUGACACGACAGAAUCCGAAUCAAUGAAGAAAACGAUCAGCGAAUGUGAGGAUAAGGGAGUGGAAGGUGAGGAGAAGUAUUGUGCAACUUCAUUAGAGGCCAUGGUCGACUUCAGUACGUCUAAGUUGGGUAACAAGGUUAAGGCGAUCUCGACAGAGGUACACGCUAGAAAGACGACUCCAUUGCAGAAGUACACGAUCGAAGGAGCGAAGAAAUUGGCCGCCAAAAGAGCCGUGGUUUGCCACAAACAAAACUACCCGUAUGCGGUUUUCUAUUGUCACAAAACCACGACCACCGAAGUGUAUGCAGUGUCUUUGGUGGGUGAAGACGGUACAAAAGCUAAAGCAGUUGCAGUAUGUCAUACCGACACUGCAAAAUGGAACCCUAAACAUUUGGCAUUUAGGGUUCUGAAAGUAAAACCGGGGAGUACCCCAGUUUGCCAUUUCCUACCUGAAGAUCAUGUCGUUUGGAUACCUUAUUAAUGAUAUAUGUCCUCGUGGUUUUAGCCUAGCAGAUAAAAAGGUGAAAGUCUUGCAGAAAAUAUAUCUGGUAUUUUAUGAACUAGAGAGAGAAUAAAGCCCAUUUGUUGUUAUUUGGUGUUUUGAGGGCUUGUAGUUUACAUUAGAGAUACGAUUGAUGUACACUAUUAUGAGAUUGUUUAUAGUCGUAGUGUCGUACCUUUGUAUUUGGUUUUAUGGAUGUUUACAAUAUUCUAUAAUAACCUUAUUCAUAUAUAUGAAU